AUGGCGUCCCUCGGGCAGUACCUCGACGCCGCCGCGCACGCGGUGAGUGUCAAGGAUAGCGCCACCCUCGCGCUCCUCUUCGACGUCGACUCGGUCCACGCGCUCGGCGCGGUUCGGUCCGCGCUCGGGGAUCGCGGCAUGAACGUCGGCGAGCUGUGCGAGGAGAAGGUUGGCGCCUACGCGCCGUGGGACGAGAUAUUCGCGUCGCACUGCCAGUGCCUCGGCGCGAACGCGGAGGGGCGAUACGACGACGCCUUCGUCGCGAUGCAGGCGACCAUCGCGGCGUUCGUGAAGGACUUCAGGGCGCAGGACACCGCGUGGUCUCUGGAUGCGCUCAUGAAUCUGGUGCGCGGUGCGGUGGCGCUCGCGACGCGCGCGGACGACGAGGCGGAGCGCGCGGGGCGACAGCGCAAGGACGGCAGACUCGGGGAUGCGGGCGCCGCGCUCAUGCUCGUCUACCGCAACACCGCGAACACGUCGGUCUGGGAGAAGAAGUCGCAGUGCCUCUUCCUCGUCAUCUCGCUCUUCAAGAUCUACUUCAAGCUCAACACCCUGCACCUGUGCAAGAACCUGAUCAACGCCGUGAACCUGCCCACCUUUCCCACCUUCGACACCUUCCCGGUCGCCCAGCGCGUCACCUACGCCUUCUACGUCGGCCGACUCGCCGUGUUCGACGACAAUUUCGGCGUCGCGGAGCAGCACCUCGAGUACGCGUUCCGGCACUGCAAAAGCGACUCGAGAAGAAACAAGGCGCUCAUCCUGCGGUACCUCCUGCCGGUCAAGCUGCUGAUGGGGAAGAUGCCCACUGCGAUGUUGCUGCAAAAGUACGGCCUGGGCGAGUACGUGGACGUGGUGAGCGCGAUGAAGAGCGGUAACGUGCGGAUGCUGAACGACGCGCUCAAGACGCAUCAGAUCUCGUUCAUAAAGCAGGGCACGUUUCUGGUGCUGGAGAAGCUGCGGAACAUCGUGCUUCGAACGCUGUUCCAGAAGGUGCACGCGUUCAGCGCGGAGAAGAACCCGGCGAAGGGGAACCAGGUCAAUCUUCACAUGUUCCUGGCCGCGCUGAAGUGGUGCGGGUGCGACAUGGACAUCGACGAGGUUGAGAUGAUCAUGGCGAACCUCAUCUUCAGAAAGUUUGUCAAGGGGUACAUCUCGCACAAGUCGAGGGUGGUGGUGCUCGCGAAGGCCGGGGCGUUCCCGGCGAUAUCGUACGACGAUGACCGGCCGAAGAUCGCGUACCUCCAGAACUGA